GUCCCCGGCCGGCCGGAGAGAACGUCCUUCAGGGCCGGUGACAGUGGCCAGCACAGUGGCCGCCCCAUCCCGGCGCGCGCCAUGCCGGACCCUGGCCAAGAUGCCCAGCCCGAUCUCUACCGCGACACGUGGGUGCGCUACCUGGGUUAUGCCAAUGAAGUAGGAGAGGCAUUCAGAGCUCUUGUGCCCACUUCUGUGGUGUGGCUGAGUUAUGGAGUGGCCAGCUCCUAUGUGGUGGCUGAUGCUGUGGACAAGGGCCAGAAGGCUGGAGCUGCCCUGAGCCCAGAGUCGGGCAGGACCACCAAGGUGGCGGUGGCUGUGGUGGACACAUUCGUCUGGCAGGCGCUGGCUUCUGUGGCCAUCCCGGGCUUCACCAUCAACCGUCUGUGCGCCGCUUCUCUUUACGUCCUCAACAGAGCCACCAGCUGGCCCCUGGCUGCCCGCAAGUGGACCACCACGGCCCUGGGGCUGAUGGCCAUACCUGUCAUCAUUCACCCCAUUGACAGGUCAGUUGACUUCUUGAUGGACUCCAGCCUACGUAAAAUCUACCCUUCCCGGGAGAAGUCCAGCUCUGCCUGAUGCCUCUGGCCCUGUCUUGGGCCCAGCUCUGCCUGCAUGCCAGCUGACAUCCCAACCUCCUGGACAUCUCCUGAAAUCAGCAGAGCCCAGACAUCAUCUUGUCCACCCCACCCCCAUUGGAUAGAGGAGGAGCCUGAUGGCCAGAGUGGAGGGAAGCACAUUCCCUAGGUUAUACUGUGAAGUUAGUGGUAGAGCCAGUGCCUGGGACCGCUGGGUUGUGGUUUCUCUCACCCCUGCCCCAAACUAACACUGUGUAAGAAGCACCCACCCCACCUCGCCCCCUGCCCCAUUUCUUCAGUAUUUUGACUUUUACAAAGUGCUUUCUCUCCCUACAGCUCUGAGAGGGACUUCAUGCCAGUAUUUUUAGCCCCGUUUGAUAGACGAAGAAACUGACUCAGGGAGGGAGAACAAUUUGCCCAAAGUUGCUCAGGGAGAAUUCUGGCAGUGUGCCAUACCCUUCAGAGCUGUUGGUGGUCUCUCCGGAAGUGGGGAGGGGGGAAGGCCAGGAUACUGUGACCUAAUCAUGGAGAGCCAGGAAGAGCCCUCCCUCCCCGUCUCUCUGCCCAGAGGAGGGCCCGGUGGGCGGCCACGCAGGACUCUGGGUGGCUGGCUUCUCGAGGUGCUCAAUAAACAUGUCCAGCAGAA